AUGAGAGAAACAGUGGCUUGGAGGUACUUCAACCAAGAAGUUGUGCCGUUGACUGCAAUGAUCGCAGUGGAGUGUACCACCGUUGGAUCUACCACACUGUUCAAAGCUGCUACCUUAAGAGGCUUGAGCUUCUAUGCCUAUGUCUUCUACUCUUAUGCUGUUUCUUCACUUGUCCUAUUUACACUUUCCCUCAUCUUUGGAAGGAAGAGAAGAUUACCUUUAGCCAAGUCUCCUCUUUUCUUAAAGAUUUUCUUGCUUACGCUUCUCGGGCUCACUUCACGGAUAGCUGGUCUUAAAGGUAUAGAAUAUAGUUCACCAACUCUUUCCUCUGCUAUUAGUAACCUCACGCCAGCUUUCACCUUCACUCUUGCCGUCUUCUUCAGGAUGGAACAAGUAAUCUUAAGAAGCUCAGCAACUCAAGCUAAAAUCAUUGGCACAAUAGUAUCAAUAUCUGGUGCUCUGGUUAUUGUUCUUUAUAAAGGCCCAAAACUUCUUGUUGCUUCAUCUUUUACUUCUUCAUUUGAGUCAAGUUGGAUCUUUGGAGGCCUUUUUCUUGCUACACAAUAUUUGCUGCUUUCAGUCUGGUAUAUUCUUCAGGCUAGGAUCAUGGAGAUAUACCCUGAAGAAAUACGUGUAGUCUUGUUCUACAACUUAUGUGCAACGCUAAUCUCAGCGCUAGUAUGUCUAUUUGCUGAGAAAGACUUGGAUUCUUGGAAGCUUAAACCGAGAAUCUCACUUCUUGCAGUCAUAUACUCGGGAGUCUUUGAUACAUCAUUGGGCUCAGUUAUACACACAUGGGGUCUGCAUUUGAAAGGUCCGGUCUAUGUCUCCUUGUUCAAGCCUUUGUCUAUUGCAAUUGCAGUCAUCAUGGGUGCUAUAUUCCUCGGCGAUGCCCUUCACCUUGGAAGUGUGAUUGGAUCAAUAAUAUUGAGCUUUGGGUUUUACACUGUGAUUUGGGGCAAAGCAAGAGAAGUUUCAACCAAAACAGUAAGUGAUGAUUCUGAGCAGUCACUUUUGUUGCCUUCAACACACAACAGAGAAGAUGAAACCUUAUCUUGA